CAAAACGAGCCGUUUUGAUAGGAGAGUUGGAAAAAGUUUAAAACGCUGCGUUCUCCUUAUCCCUCUCCCUCCCUCCAGCACUAAAAAAUGUAUUGUCAGCGACUGGCAGCUCUACCGGCACAAACCGACCUCUUCGACCUCUUCCUUCCCUUCCCAAUCGGCACCGUUCCCAAAGUCCGAAAUGCCCCCACUUCCAUUCAACUCCCUCUCACCAAAAACCGUAAAAACGGCCCUCGAAUAAGUGCAAUCUCCACAGAUGAAAUUCCUCCAAAUGCCCGCCGCCGGAAGCGUGACCCCAACUGGAGAGGGGGGUUUAGCGUAGGGGUAGAUUUGGGAAUGUCACGUACCGGUCUCGCUCUCAGCAAAGGGUUCAACUUUCGUCCUCUCACCGUGUUGAAUUUGAGAGGGCAGAAGCUUGAGGAUCAACUCCUUGAGAUUGCAAAGCAGCAGGAGGCAGAUGAGUUUAUAGUCGGACUUCCGAAAUCGAGUGAUGGGAAAGAGACGCCUCAGUCCAACAAAGUUCGUAGCGUUGCUGGGAGGCUUGCUGUUAGUGCUGCUCAGAGGGGUUGGAGGGUAUACCUGCAGGAUGAAAACGGGACGUCCAUAGAAGCCAUGGAUCGGAUGAUUAACGUGGGCCUCGGCAAGUCUGAUCGGCAAAGCAAAAUCGACGCCUACGCUGCCGUGAUGGUGCUGGAGAGAUAUUUUUCCAUGUCAGGUGAGGGCACUGAGCUUGUGGUACCCAAGAAUUUGGAUCUGCAGGACAAACUUCGAAGAGGCCCUCCUAAAGAUACUGACUUUUACCCUGAAGAUUACGAGGAUUAACCGUUCACUAUUAACACUAAACCCGAGUCUUUGAAACACAUUUUCAAGAGGAGCAUAAACAAGAGAGAAGAGGCAAUGAUUUUGCAAUCCCAUUUGCGAUUAAUCUUUCUUUUUCACUUACCUUCAUUCUUUUGUUGGUCAUUAAGUGAGCAAUAUGCAAAUAUGGAAAUCCCUCGGGGGCUUUCACCUGUUGUAAAUGUCGCAUUAUAUAAGAAUUUUUCAUUCUUAACA